GGUUCAGUAAAAUGUCUGAAAACGGCGAAUACACAAUUCCGUCCGAACAGAAGAAAGAGUGUUAAACAGAGGAUUUUGUAUAGCCACCGACACGGCGACAGAGAAUCGGAGACACGAAGUUUUACUCUCUCUUUCCGAGAUUGAGUUCGCGGUUUGUGUGCAGUACGUCCUUAUGACUUCAUCUGUGCAUGAUCUUUCUGAGGAUAGUGAAACAGACGAGCAGCUAAAACACUCAGAAACUCAGAUUGAAUCUUCAUCCCCUACCCCUGGUCUGGUUCACCCUGCAAUCGCAAACGCAAAUGUUCCUUAUGCAACAACUCCACAACUUGGAGCAGGGCAGCCUAUGGCACCAACCACUUAUCCCUAUCCCGAUCCCUACUAUAGAAGCAUAUUUGCACCCUAUGAUUCGCAGCCAUCGUAUCCUCCGCAGUCUUAUGGUGGGCAACCAAUGGUUCAAUUUCAGUUAAUGGGAAUUCAGCAGGCUGGAGUUCCAUUGCCAUCAGAUGCUGUUGAAGAGCCUGUAUUUGUAAAUGCAAAACAAUAUCAUGGUAUCAUGAGGCGUCGACAAUCCCGUGCAAAAGCUGAAUCAGAAAAUAAAGUUAUCAAGUCUCGUAAGCCAUACUUGCAUGAAUCUCGACAUUUGCACGCUGUAAGAAGAGCUAGAGGAUGUGGUGGUCGGUUCCUCAAUUCGAAGAAGUCUGAGGACCAACAACCAGAGGCAGCAACAGGUGAUAAGUCACAACCCACUAUCAACCUUAACUCAGAGAAAAGUGCUAUUGCUUCUUCAGAUGCCACAUCUUGAUAGAUUGUGACACAAUAAAGCAAAAAUCAAAGCACUGGUCCUGCAAAAUAGUUAUUUAAAGUAGUUACCAAGGAAAGCUAAAGGUUCUUAUUUUGUCAACUUAUGUAGUCUUAGUCUGCUUCAUGAUGGCUCUAGUUUACAGUUCAGUCUUGUGAAUAUUUAUCCAUUAGUUAGUUUGGAUGGAGAUGGCUAAAGGCAAUAUAGGCAAUGACACGCGUCAUCUUCGUCUUGGUGGGCCGUUGUAGCAAUGCCCUCAUGUCGAUACGUAGCUGAGCUGCUGAGGUUAUAAAGAAUUUUUAGCGCUAGCGAUAUUGUAGUCAAAUUUGUAACCUUGUAAAUUGGUUUGGGAGUGACAAUUUUCUUUAGAGAUAGACUAGAUAUGAUGUUGUUAUGUAGCAUAAAUGUCCCUUUACCUAUUGCUUUAGACUUGUCGAAUAAAAAUGUUUUUAGCUGUGUCGAUAUGGUCCAUAAUUAAUAUUUA